AUGGAAGGAAAUAUUUUGUAUUAUAUCCAAAGUAAAGCAUUUUCAACCAAUGAACAACUAUCCAUCGCUAAGUUCUCAGAUAAUCGUCUARAUUUUGGUACUCCAUUCAAUAUGAUGUCACCUUUUUUUAAUAAUCGUCUUCUUAAAGAAUUGCAUUUAUCAAACAAUAAAAUUAAUCAUUUUUAUUCUGAUUGGACUACAAAUAAACUAGAGUUAGAAUUAUUGGAUCUGCGUAACAACGACAUAAGUACAAUAUCGGCGAAUGAUUUUAUUUUUUCGUCGGAUAACGUACUAGUAGAUUUAAGAUAUAACAAUAUAAAAAGUAUUUUACUAACUAAUAUCGAAAAGUUGGCAAUAUAUAAUACUGAAAAACGUAAUGUUACUGUCCACGUUGAAAACAAUCCCUUAUUAUGCGAUUGUCUCGUAUAUAACAUUUUGCGUUAUUCUAAGGGUGAUAUGCCCAUUACUGUUUAUAAUUUGUUUGAACUUAAAUUGGGAAACUUAACGUGUGUGAAACCUUAUGUAAAGGAAAGGCUACAAAUUAAUCAGCUAGAUUUUAAAACCUUCCCGUGUCUCGAGGAUGACUACUUUCAAAUUGUAGAUAGGCAUCCAAGUUUAUGUACUUCUGAGAUAAGACCGUAUGAUCAAAUACGAAUUAUAGAUUGUUCGAACAAAUUGAAGGUUGAAUUAAAAAUUAACAGCAAUACUAUAAAUUUGAAGGGAAAUUAUCCAUUAAUAUUGAAUUUCACAGGGAAUUAUUUAAGGGAAAUACCAUCACUUGAUUAUAUAAAACCACUUAAUAUAACACAUUUAUUGUUAUCUAACAACAAUAUUUCUGAAAUAUCGCUGGACAGAUUACCAAAAACUAUCCAAGUAUUAGAAUUACAUAAUAAUUAUCUAUUAAGCUUGAGUCACGAAGUAAGUAAAUUCCUUGAUGAUCAGAAUUACAAAAAAAUAACUUUGAGUGGGAAUCCAUUUGUAUGUGAUUGCAAUGUUAGAUUUUUACAUGAAUUUGUUUUGAAUAACCGAGAUUAUUAUGAAGAUCUAAAAAAUGUGAAGUGUCAAGGCUAUAACACUACUUUAGAUGAUAUAAAUGCUUAUGAUUUGUGUUUAUAA